AUGGGGUCUCGCCAGCUCAACGGCUAUAGAAAAUGCCCUAAAGACAGAUGUAAAAGCUGCAAUGGAAGGAAGAUAGUCCGAGAGAAGAAGAUUCUAGAAGUUCACAUUGACAAAGGCAUGGAAGAUGGUCAGAAGAUAACAUUCCGUGGUGAAGGAGACCAAGAGCCAGGACUAGAGCCUGGAGAUAUUAUCAUUGUUUUAGAUCAAAAGGAUCAUGCUGUUUUUACAAGACAAGGAGAAGACCUUUUUAUGUGUAUAGACAUACAGCUGGUUGAAGCAUUGUGUGGCUUCCAAAAGCCAAUAUCCACUCUUGACAACCGAACCAUAGUCAUCACCUCUCAUCCAGGUCAGAUUGUCAAGCAUGAGGAUAUUAAACGUGUGUUAAAUGAAGGCAUGCCAAUUAUCGUAGACCAUAUGAUAAAAGGGAGCCUAAUCAUUGAAUUUAAGGUUAACUUUCCCGAGAAUGGCUUUCUCUCUCCUGAAAAACUCUCUCUGCUGGAAAAACUCCUACCUGAGAGGAAAGAGGUAGAAGAGACUGAUGAAAUGGAUCAAGUAGAACUGGUGGACUUCGAUCCAAACCAGGAACGCCGCCGCCAUUACAAUGGAGAAGCAUAUGAGGAUGACGACCAUCACCCCAGAGGCGGGGUUCAGUGUCAGACCUCUUAA